AUGGCUUUCCUUAUGAUGAUCCUUCUUUGGGCCCUUCUCUAGUGAGUAUCAUUCACACUUGCAACGCUAUCGCCGCCGCUCCCUUUUCAAGGCCUUUUCCGAUCACGUUGCUCACCCGUCUCCUGCUCCAAUCUUUUGCGUAGCUUGCUUGCUUUCGCCCAUCAGAAACUCACUGCUCUCACCUUGGAGAUUUCCCGUCUACGUGAUCAGGCUCAAGAGAACGCCGACGAGUACCAGCGGCUGGGAAAGGCAGGACAGCAGGCAGCGUUAGACAGAUUCUGGGCCAGGCUUGAGGACAUCGCAGGCAAGACGUGCGGUGCACCGGAGGAACUGCUCUCGGAGAUGCGCAACAAUCCCCUCAACACCAUAAACAAAGUCAGUUUGUUUUGCGAGGUCGAGCUUGCUUGCAUCCGAGGGUGUUUGAAGGACCUGGAGCAAACGCAUUGCUCGGCCGAUUUAAUAAACCGCAUGCGCAAUCAUGUUGCUGAGGCGCGGACUCUCAUCGACAAGUAUGAUCAAGCUUGCGAGAGGUCUAUGGAGUUUUGGCAAUGCGGAGAAAAUGCACUGGAGCUUGUCGACAACGUCGCUCUGCAAUUCGAACAGAUCUGGAACGAGUGGCUGGGAGAUGCAAUGGACACGGCAGACGACCAACACCACGCUGGCCUUGAGCUCUGCCGGCCCGGAUACAACACGCACGAGUUCAGGACAGCGAUGGCUGGCGUUCUGGCUGGACUUCGUCCCACUUCGUUCCAAGAGUCUGGAUUGUGA